AUGGCUGAAUCUGAAGCUUCCUACCUCUCCAGUGGCGAGCAAAGCCCAACUAGAGGUCGGACUCUACGUCGAAUGCCCGCACGAAGUCGACUUGCAUCCGAGUCAAUCUACCGCCGGCUGAGCUCUAUUGCAUCUGGCGUUGACGCAAGCGCUUUGCGUGAACGACUUAUGAGCCGGGACCUAGUCCUCGAACCUGAGGAGUAUCUUGCUGAUGUUCUCCUUGAGCCCCGACAAUUCGCCCACCUUCGUACCUGGAGUCUUUCGGAGGAAUUAUACCGUGCGGCUAGUCUUGAUAGUUCGGUCGACCUGACUAGAUUUGCUGGUCACCGAGACACAUUUGCCAUGCUUCAUCUUCCGCAGGCCCCUUCAAAAGCGGUCGAACUCCCUCAUGCCUUUUACCAACAAUUGGUUUACUACCUUGAUCUUGAUUCAUACAAGUCUCUUCGACUUUCGUGCCGCACUUGGUCACAUGGCAUCACCAAUGCUCGACCAGUCUGCCUACCUACAGCAAACAGGAUUCCUACGGAGAUUCUCGAGAAGAUAUACGACGAACUUGAGCCCACAGACUUCAACAAUGCCAGGCAUAGCUGUCGAGCUUGGAUGAUUGUAAGCUUGAAUGACAAAUUAUUGACGGAGAUGUUGCGGCUUGGAGGAUGGUACGAAGCUGCGAAACAAGAUCUGGCGAGGUUACAGUCGACUGAAGAGAGAAGGCUGAGCGUUGUUAGCACAAAUUGGGUGUUCAGUAAGCGGCUGGCUACUGAAUGCGAGCUUAGUCCUAGGCCGUCACUUGAUCAUCAGACUCGUGCUGGUCUUCCACAUGGACCCGUCAAUCCUCAAGGUCUCAUACGCCAGCCGACACUUACAUCCGAAGUAGAUUUCGCUGAUCUCGCCAGAAAAGAUUAUGACCACGGUAAAGACUCGGAUCCGCCACUUCGGUUUGUCGUCAGUACUAUCUACGUCUACCUUCUCACAGAUCCCUAUGGCAAUCCUCCACAUGAAUAUGGAGGCCAUUUUCAUGCAGUGGCUAGCAUCAGUUGUCCAGAGCGAGCUCUGGCUGUUAGCAUGGACACAUCUUCUGAUCGCCUCUCCGUCGCUGCCCUCCUUGAUGAGCGGUGCGGACUCGUUGCAGAUAUCGCUCGCCAUGACAUUCUUCCUGCUCGUAAAGGGCCAGUCAGCGCCCGAACACCACCAGCCUUUCCGGCGAACACCAACCGCAGCUUGACCGUCAUCGAUGGACCACGUGUGGAGCUCCUGGCGUGGAACAGUGACGGUUCCUACGCCUCUCAUGAUAUUUCCCAGUGCUCCGACUUCUGUAGGUCUUGUGGGGCGCGGGAUGUGUAUCGUGAUCUAUGUUCUCCUCAAGAUCCGCCUCGAAGCGUUGCGAUAUGCCCACAACGGCGCUGCGUGGCCUUUGGAAAUCAGUCGGGGAUUGAAAUUCACUGGCUUGAUAUACUCAGCGGACAGGAGCUGCAACGUUGGUUCCCACUUUCGUCGCCCAGCGAUUGCCUAUACUUCCUUCCCAACAGAGUUGGCAUAGACAGCAAUCGAAAGCUUCGAGUUAUUGCUAGUGCCGAUCAUCCAACUCAGGCAAAAAUUGCACAAAAGAUGUAUCCAACGCGAGUCAGACAGCUCAAAAGAAAGAGGUCGUGGGAUUAUUAUGCGAGCUACGAUGACCCGUGGAAGCUUGACCAUGCGUUUUCACGACUGUCCUUUUUAGGAAAUAUCAGGCCCUACCUAGAACACUUCAACGCCAGACCCCUUAGUGAUGGUCACAACGUUCUCUAUACCAAUCCUCAUGACAACAGAUUGUACCUUGGAGGCGAUACGACACCUGGACAGGGGAUACCGCAACUCAUGCGUCGUUUUGUAUUUGAGGGACCUCAAUCCGGGUGGCUCCCAUACAUCUAUGCUGGCGCACAGGAGCUCAAGUGGGGCGUCAGAGUAAUCGCCGGCUACGCCUGUGAAAGCAAUCUGAAAGCUUUCCGUCAAGUAUGGCUUUUCAGCGUCCCCAUCGAUGUAUUCUCCGCUCCACCACCGCCUAUUAUUACAGAAGAAGACGGUUCGCAACCUAUUCUUCCUUCUUCGGUCAUCCCUAUCCGCAUCCAAGGCGUGCAUAUUGCGACCAUUCGGGGCCUCGCUGAAGUCUCUAUAAAUGCCAGAGACGGCGAUCUCACCCUCCGGGCCUUCAGCUCCUCCCUGAUGAAAGCCUACACGUGGCAAUUCGCUGCAGGAAAUAAAGACGUCCUCAAUCUCGCCGUUCAAGACGAUGGUAUCACGACGGCUGUCAUCACAGACGAGGGACCACAAGAUAAGAAUGAGAUCAUGAGGGAUGCCUCACCCUUACCAUUCCGUAGGUAUAAGACCGAGCGAUACGAGACAAGGGGAUGGCGUACUCCCUGGGAUGACGGGCGAGGUAGAUGGGUAUCGGAGGCCUGGAGUGAUGGCGCAAUGGAGACACCCGGGCCGGUUUUGGCCCCAAGGAAUACCGAUGAGGAUGGAGAUGUGCCUAUGGUUGAUGCGCCAAAUCUGGCCUCUACAGAUGGAUCAAGCGAUGGUGCCGGUGAGGAUGAAGAUAUCAUUAUGACUGAUGCGUCGGACUUGCGUCGUUCACACGAAGACCGAACUUCAAUGGAAGGUGCCGAGCGCACAGAGGAGGAUGCCGACCAGGAUGAAGGCUAUUUCUCCGGGGAGGAAGCAGAAGGAAGAGCAACAUUCCAGCGUACAGGUGGUCCGUUUGCCAUCCAUGUUCCGCCAAUGCAUGAUGGGCAUUGGAGCGACGGCAGCGCCGACUGGGUGCCUGAUUAUCUAGCUGAGAAGGGAGCUGAGAUGGAAGACGAGGGUCUCGGAGUGGAUUUGUUGACACUGAGUCGGCUAGAAUUAGAGAUGCUUGGGCUCUGA